GUGUGCCGAAGAACAAGGGGAGGGUACCCUGCUACACGUUACACUGCGAAAACUCGACGGAGAAUCAUCUGCAGAGUCCAGGUCCCAAUGUCUUCAGGAGGGUUUGGUUCUGUCACCAGGUCUGGCCGAGUGCGAGAGAUCCCACACUAUGACCAGGUCCCUAUGGGCUCCUUAUGGCAGGACCCAGAUUUUCCUAUGCCCCCGGAACCGUUGCAUAAAAUGGCACCAGCUGUAAGCUCGGACCACUUUCCUCCUCCCCCUCUACCUGAACAGCGAGCUGUUGGGCUUACAUCCUUGUACCCCCCUAGUGAUGAUGAGCCAAUGGAGGAAGACUGUGAUGUCAUGGACAUUAAGCCAGUCCACCGCUUCAUCCCCGUCUCUGUCAAGAACUUUUUCCGUGGCAAUAGCGGUAAACGUGGCAGCAAGGUUUGGGCCAAUCCCUCCCCUCCACCGCCACCUGUACCUGCUCCAUACAUCACUGCUCCCUUAUCCACUAAGAGCACCAGCUGCCACACCACAACAGGAGUCCCCUGCUCACCCCCCACCUCCGCCCCUCCAUCUCCGUCCCUUCUAGGGUCCUAUCGGGACCCCUACGGCGGCUCUGGGGGCAGCUACACCUCUCAGAAGGAGCGAGACGCUCUGCUGCUGGGUAGUGAAGCCUUCGACUCUGCAUCAGCAGUUCCCACCAAUCUCUCGGUCCAGACCUACCUGGAGCGGGUGGAGGAGUACCACCAGCGCUACGCCUACAUGAAGUCCUGGGCUGGUCUGCUGAGGAUCCUGGGCUGUGUGGAGCUGCUGUUGGGAGCUGCAGUGUUCGCCUGCGUCUGUGCCUAUGUUCAUAAAGACAACGAGUGGUUCAAUAUGUAUGGAUACUCCCAGCCGCAGCUGUUUGGGGGGCUCGGGGGAAGUGCUGGGGGCGGUUCCUACACAGGGCCCAAGACACCUUUUGUCCUUGUGGUGGCUGGUCUUGCAUGGAUAGUGACUGUUAUUCUGGUGGUUCUUGGCAUGAGCUUAUACUACAGAGCCAUCCUCCUAGACUCUUCAUGGUGGCCUAUCACAGAGUGUUCCAUGAACUUGGUCUUGGCGGUGCUGUAUUUAUCAGCAGGGAUCAUGUAUGUGAGGGACACCACACGAGGGGGGCUAUGCAACAUGCCGGUCUUUAAUAACGGAGUGAAUGGGGCAUUCUGUCGCACAGAGGCUGGCCAGACGGCAGCCAUCGUCUUCCUCUUCAUCACCAUGGUGCUCUACAUCAUCAGUGCAGGAGUGUGUCUGAAGCUGUGGAGGCAUGAAGCAGCCAGGAUGAGGAAGGAGGGGCUGGCGCUUGAGAUGAAAACUAUGGGAUCAUCAGUCCCGUUGUCCAUCCUGGGUCCAGCCUCCAGGCUCUCAGAGCAGACUCCUCUCCCCACUUUCCAGCCAGACAUCAUGGACUCUACUGACUACUCUGCAGCUGCCCCUCUGGUGGCACUGCAGCCAGAGAUUCUCAGAGGUCACAUACCAGCUGGACACAUCCCCAAACCUGUCAUUAUCGCCGACUAUGUGGCGAAGUACCCCAGCAUCCGCUCAGAGGAGGGGAGGGACCAGUACAAGGCUGUAUUCAAUGACCAGUAUGCGGAGUACAAGGAGCUGCAUGCUGAGGUUCAGGCCAUGGCCAAGAAGUUUGAAGGGAUGGACGAGAUGAUACAGAACCUUCCCACCCGUCCUUCCAGCCAAAUGGAAAAAGAGCGGAUCGGUGGCCUUUUAAUGGAAUAUCAAAGGAAGAAAGCUGAUCCAACGUAUUUGGAAAAAAGGGACAGAUGUGAGUACCUAAAGAACAAGCUCUCUCAUAUCAAACAGAAGAUUCAGGAGUACAACAAGGUCGUGGACUUAAACAAUAGCAACUGAACACUGCAGUUCAAGCUGUCAUUAACACGCCUGGAAUUCAUAUCAAGAUAUGCUUAAUGAUGCUUGUGUUUGCUGUCAGCAACUAUGAAGCAAACCAUCAAUAUUUAAACACACAUUGAAAUGAACUUUUCAUGACCAAACACAUUCAUUUUAAAUGUGACUGUUCCUUUAAGACCAGGUGUAAAUGGGAUCUCACAGCUGGCUAGCUAGAAACUGCCUGAAUAGAUGAAUCUGAUGUAAAUAAGGCUGAGUCAAUGGUAAUGAAGGCUUUGAUCCCAGUCAUAGUUCUGUAGUAGAAGUUUGUUAGUUUAGCAGUGUAUUCUUGAUCAGGUCUACUCUCAUAUGCUGCAUGUGUUAUAGCUGUUAAGCUGCUUGUUAUAAUGCUGGUAUUGUUUUUUACAUUGCAUUUCUUCUGUCCAGUUAUAUCACACUGUGAGGCACAAUGAACUGUUACUGAAAUCACAAUGUUGAAUAUAACAGAAGUGUGUUUGUUUUUUCAUUAGGUUUCAUCAAUUCUUUUCGUAAACUCACAUGUACAUUGUUUGAUUGAUGUUGUGCAUGUUAUUGUUUUGUAUCAUAUGUCAUACUGCUUUACAACCAAGAAGCACCUUUUUAUAAACUUGUAUUUACAUCUUUAGCUGAAGUCCUGUCUGAGUACCUUCUUUCACAUCUGCCAUUCACUGUUACAGGCCAACAGCUGCCCAAACUCAGUUAGUCCAGGCCAGUGGGACUAAAUGAGAGUAGUUAAUAAAGUUAAAACGGUACAUUUAAUCAUAAUUUAAAAAGAAUCUUGUUAGAAAUAUGAGUUUGCAUAACAA